AUGCCACAGCACGACCAGGGAGACAAGAAGCGGAGGCUUCAUCACGAAGAUCUUGCCGACGCCGAGAUGACUGUAGAGGAGAAGCAGCGCGAACGCCAAAGAAGAUGGUUGGCGAACGAGAAGCGCGAUCCUAUCAGGGCGCAAGAAAUAAGGGAGAAGAACACAGCUAACAAGCGUGCAUGGCGUAAACGGAAGAAGGAGGAGAAGGAGAAGGCCGAGCAGACCGGUGACGCGGAAGUUCAAGACCAAGGUCCUCGAAAGAGGCAGCGUGUCUCGUCACAUGAGACAAAUCCUGUGGCGGAGCGCUCAGAUUCAGCGCCUGUCGAUAUUCCAAUCGACCCCGUCCUCCUUAAUGAGGAAAACGUCGCGACUAGGCCGACUCCCCGUAUCAUGCUCGAUGCGGAGGUGAUGACGGUCGUGCCCGAACCCAUUAACCCUACAUCGUCAUCCCGCAAAAGUCUAAAACCACCUCCCCUCAUGCGCGAUGUAGAGGUUAUGACCGUCAUCCCCGAACACAUUAAUCCUACGUCGUCAUCCCCCGAAAGUUCACAACAACCUUCCUCACCCAACCCAUCCGUUCCCACAAACCUCGACUCUCGUGACCUCGCAACUCCGAUUAUAGGCUCGCAGGUGCACGAGAAAUCAGAAACCAUCACAUGGUCUGAUGGAUCUAUUACCGUGCUACCGUGCAUAGUCAGGGAUGGCGUAAACGUGUGCCAGGAAGAUGCUACGACGGUGUCUUACUUUGCAACCCUUCCGGAAUCGCUUCCUGAGACGUCAAAAAACGUCGUACACUUAAAGUACAGCGACUGGCGCACCAAAAGCCGGCAACUGUGCGACGAAAUCUCUGCGGCGAUUCGGGUAAACAAGGCUGUUGUUAUUCGAAAUAUAAGUAGACCCGAGCCUGCAACUCUCGAUCUAGAUUACCUAGAAGAUCGUGGCAUGUCAGACUUGAUGCGUGUAGUCGUACAUGUUACAAUAGACGCUGAACAACGCACCAAAGAUUUUACAUAUCCGCAUCAGCACGCGACUCUCGAAGAGUUCGUGAACAACAUACACGACCCAAACAAGAUUCAAUGCAUUCUUGACGUUGCAUUUGGACAGGGAGGUCUCCCGUUAGAACUAAGCACUCUCGAUAGCGGCAUUAUCAACGGAUGGAAUCAAACCACUGUUGACUGCCCCAUUGGUGAAAAAGUCCAUCCGGACAAUUUUACCGUCCAUUCGUGGGCAUUGAUCCAUGGCCCUGCGUACUGGACACAUCCGCACCAUGACUCUGACGGAAGUCUUACUUUUGUGCAAGUCGAAACGGGCGAAAAAAAAUGGGGCUUAUGGAGACACCGUAACGAAGAUGAAAUUUCUCGUACUAAACUCUCUGAGAUAGCACCAGAGUUGACGGAUCUCUAUCGAAGCCGCAAAAAUAUCGAAGAAAGUUGGCACGGAGAGAUCGUCACUCUCUUGCCCGGUGAUAUGCUAAUACAACCACCGGGACAGUUUCACGCGGUGUAUACACCGGUAGCCUCCUUCGCCACAGGAGGGCACUUUUAUAAUUACGAAACCAUGCAUCUAACGGAACUUUCCCGUUACGUCGACCAUAAGCAAGGAAGGACCUUGACAAACCAGGUCCAUGAACACUCUCUGGAAACCUUCCAACGUAUGGUUGUCAACUUACCGCGCAUCUCGCGUCGCGUUAAUACCAACAAAUAUGUGGCCGCUGGCACCGAAAGGCCAAAGCUCAAGACGAGCACGACGAAACGAGCGAAUGAGAUUGCAAAUGCAAUCGUUAAACAUUUUUGGAAGGAUUUAAAGAACGCGACAUCUGUGUAUCGCAAGAAGCAGACGGAUGGAAGUAGUAGCCAGAUGCAUCCGGGCGAACUCGUCAGUAGAGAAGAACUGUUGAAUUGUCUAGAACGCUUCACCACCCUUAAAUUUGAAGUUAGAUUCUACGAAUUUGGAGAUUCUAACGACUUUGACGACUUUGACGACUUUGACGACUUUGACGACUUUGACGACUUUGACGACUUUGACGACUUUGACGACUUUGACGACUUUGACGACUUUGACGACUUUGAAGACUUUGACGACUUUGAAGACUUUGACGACUUUGACGACUUUGACGACUUUGACGACUUUGACGACUUUGAAGACUUUGACGACUUUGACGACUUUGAAGACUUUGACGACUUUGACGACUUUGAAGACUUUGACGACUUUGAAGACUUUGAAGACUUUGACGACUUUGACGACUUUGACGACUUUGAAGACUUUGACGACUUUGAAGACUUUGACGACUUUGAUGACUUCUGCGACUUCAAACACCCCGGUGACUUAGGGGACUCUGACGACUUCGACGACUGUAAAGACUAG